CGCAGGCGGCGCCGCCACGGCGGCGACGGUAGCCGCUCCGCGGACCGCGCCGGGGCCGGGCGCGCCCUGAGCCUUCGCGGCUCCGCGCCGAGAGCUCGGCCAUGCGGCUGUCGCCGCUGCCGCUGCUGUGGCUGCUGCUCCGUCUCGGCGCCGCGGCUCCCACGGCAGGUCCCUCUCAAGACGCUCCUUCCCAGCUGCCUGCCCCUCGAAACCCGAAGAUCCACCUGUACAAUGCCGAGCAGGCUCUGAGCUGGGAGCCGGUGUCCGUGGGCAGCGACGAGAGGCCUGUGCUGUACCGGGUGCAGUACAAAUACCCCGACAGCAGCAACUGGCUCGACAUCUCGCCGCCCUCCCUCGGGGUGAAUUGCUCGAGGAUCCCCGCCACGAGGUGUAACUUCACCUCAACCAACCUCUCCCGGGGAUUCCAGCUGCACUUCAACGUCUCCUUACGCGUCCGAGCAGAACUGCAAGAGCGCACCUCCCCGUGGGUGGUGGCGCCCUGGUUCCAGCACUACCAGAACGUGACCAUCGGGCCUCCAGGAAACAUCCGGGUGACCCCGGGAAAAGGCUCUCUUACCAUCAGCUUGUCCCCUCCCUUUGACAUCCACCAGCUCUCCGCGACCAAGUUUUUGUAUUACGUCCAUUACUGGGAAAAGGAAGGACCCCAACAGGUUAAAGGCCCCUUCGAGAACACCUUGAUUGAGCUGAGGGAUUUAAAGCCUUUACGAGUGUACUGUGUCCAAGCCCGGGCCAAGCUGGAUUGGAGUUCCACACUGACCUCUGAGCCCGGGCUUCCCAGCGACACAUCCUGUCUCGAAACAACAGCGAACGCGUCCACCAAGCUCCAGCAAGUCGUCCUGAUCGCCUUGGGGACCUUCCUGUCCCUGAUAGGGCUGGCAGGGGCCUGUCUCUUCCUGAUCCUGAGGUACAGGGGCCUGAUCAAGUACUGGUUCCACUCUCCGCCAGGCAUCCCAGUGCAAAUAAGAGAGUAUCUGAAGGACCCGGCUCAGCCCGUCCUGGAGGCCCUGGACCGCGACCGCGCGCCCGGGGAGGAUGCCUGGGACUCUGUGUCUGUCGUAUCGGUCCCCGAGGAGUAGGAGGUGUCCCCGGCACCUGGCACCGCCACCCCGGCCUGAGGGCGCAGGACUCGGAGCCCGGGACCCCAAGGUCCCACCACGCGGGGGGCCGUCCGUGCCCCAGGAGCCCAGGGGUUCUCGUGGGGGAAACAAGCUUAUUCUUUAAGAAGUUUCUAAUCACGUGCUUCUGUAGGAUGAUUCCAAAGAAAAACGAAGAUUUCUCCUGAACACUAAAAAGACAUGCGAUUAUUUGUUAGCAAAAUGGCUUUGGCGCUCCUGAUGUUCUGUUUGUGGUUCGCCUAACACGCGGGCAGGUCGCAGACGUGGCCCAGCCCGCCCCGACGAGGACGAGGGACACUGGGCACCCCGUCACACUCAGCCUCUCCGCUUACAAUGUGAUUAAUCCUGUACAUACUUUCUAGUAAUUUAA